AUGGUGACCUCCGGGUUGACUUGUCACGGGGAAGGCGGAAAGCGCUACCGGCUUGUUCAUCCUCUCAGAUCACGAAUUCGCGACCAGGGUUCUAAUGUAUGGCUCGCGGUAGAUGAUUCCAACACUGACAUCGAAUAUGUCGUCAAAGGACCUCCUGAAGACGACGCUCAUGAAGAGUCAGCGUCUAGUGCACUAUCUGCCUUCGAACACGAGUUGGAAAUGCAAAGGCUUUUUGCAAAAGAUCCAAUGAUUCGGACCCUCGUUGAUUAUAUCCCCGAUUCAGAGCCCGGUGGGCCGAUGAUGGUUCUUGAAGCGUUUACAGACUCACUCUGGGAAGCUCGAAAUGCGAGGCGGUUCACAAAGGAGGAAGUCAAAUGGAUUAUGAAGGGCAUUCUUUUGGGCAUCUUUACGGUGCAUACGAAAGGCCUGGUUUAUACUGAUUUAAAGAUGGAGAAUGUUGCACUGGGCGGGUUUGAUCACUCUCAACCAAAUGAGAAUGUCCGUGAUCUCAUCGUCAGACUCGCAGAUUGCGGAGCCAUCAGCAGACCAUCUACCAGAGAAAUUACCUCCGUCACAUAUCGAAGCCCUGAAGUUUACUUCGGAAAAUCUUGGACCCAGAGCACAGACAUUUGGUCGUGGGGAAUAAUUUUGGCCCAAUUGUUGCAGGCCCAAGUUGAUUUCAAGUCGCCAGGAAUAUAUGAUUCAAUCUCCACUGUAACCCUUGGAGAAAAGGAAAAGGUCAUCCGUGAUAAGCUAGCAAUCGACUUUGACCUAGCCUCUGUACCAUUUUAUGCCGAGGAUGAGCAAUGCGCUCGAUUUUUGCCUUCACCACGACCGGACGAAGCGUACAUGUGGGCAAAUGAAAUGGUCGAGAAGGGCGUUUCGGGUGAAGAUAUCCAGUUUUUUGUCGAAGUUUUAAACCCGGAUCCAAAUGCUCGCCUCACGGCGCGCGAGAUCCUCGAAAGUGGGUACUUGGAAGGUUAAGAGCCUCGGCCCGUUCUGUUCAGCAGCCGGUAUCAUUUGCAUCGUACUCUCUAUGAAACGAAGGUUACAUUCCAGCCUGGACCAGGUGGACCGAGCCUAGGGUCUUCAAAAUGUG